GUCCGUUCAAGCACUGCCACGCCAAGGUGGACCCCAGAGAGUACUAUGAGGACUGUGUGUUUGAUAUGUGUAUGUACCGUGGCCAUGCCUCUGCCCUCUGUAACGCCCUCAGCACCUACACCACUGCCUGCCAGGAUGCCCCUGCCAAGGUGGAACAGUGGAGGUCGGACAGCUUCUGUCCGUCUUCCUGUAAGACCAACAGCCACUAUGAGGUGUGUGCCUCAGGCUGCCCCCAGACCUGCAGCGGCCUCGAUGAGCCUGAGAGCUGUGGGAACUCCCUGUGCACUGAGGGAUGUGUCUGUGACGAAGGGUUCAUACUGAGUGACAGCGAGUGUGUGCUGCUGGCUGAAUGUGGCUGCGUUCACCAAGGCCAGUACUACCAGAUGGGCCAGGUGUUCUUCCCCAACGGCCAGUGCAAAGAGCGCUGUAUGUGUAACAAGGAUGGAGACGUGGAGUGUAAUGUAAAGUUUGCCUGCGGUCCCAGUGAAAAGUGCCAGGUCCAAGACGGGGUGCAGGCCUGUGUACCCAUGAGCACGGGCACCUGCCAUGUGAGCGGGGCCAGGAGAUUCCACUCGUUCGAUGGCAGCUGCUUCAGCCUACACGGGGACUGUGUGUACAAAAUGUCAGAGGUUGUGGAGAAAGACGGAUCGAUGGCUCCAUUUGUUGUAUCAGUGCAGCAGUUGACCAAGAUGGAUGAUGCAAUGGUCACCAGGAGGGUUGACAUACAGGCCUACAAAUACAAGAUAUCUAUGUCUCCCAGAGUUAUAUGGGAAAUAAUGGUGGAUGACGUUACAGCAAAUCUCCCACUGUCACUCGGAGAUGGAAAGGUCAGGGCCUACCAGAACGGCAUUAACAUCGUCGUGGUAACAGACUUUGGCUUGAUGGUGACCUACGACACCGUUGCUGGCGCCAUCAUACAGCUUCCAUCCAUUUACAAAGGUGUUACCGGUGGUCUCUGUGGCAACUAUAAUGACAAGAAGGAGGAUGACUUCCUGCUGCCCAGUGGGUUGCAGGAGCCCUCUGUGGAGAAGUUUGCAGCGGGGUGGUUGGUGGUUCAGGAAGGGGUCAAAUGUCAGACAGGAUGUGACGGUGGCUUGAAGUGUCCUCCCACCAGUGGACCCCCACCGGCUUGUAGCAUCAUGAAGUCAACCAAGGGUCCAUUUGCCCAAUGCCAUGCUGUUGUGCCACCACAAGAGCACUUUGAGGAGUGCAUGAAGGAGGGAGAGGGUGGGGAUGCCCUGUGCCGCCACUUACAGACAUAUGUGACUUUCUGUCAGGUAUCCGGUGGCCUUGUCAGCAGCUGGAGAUCUGACCAGUUUUGUCCUCUGACGUGUCCAGCUAACAGUCACUAUGAGUUGUGUGCCGACACCUGUUCUUCUACCUGUUACUCUCUCAGCGAGUCUCCAAAAUGCCCACUAUGCCAGGAGGGCUGCCAGUGUAACGACGGCUUUGUGUUUGAUGGUGGCAAGUGUGUCCUACUGGAGAACUGUGGCUGUGUGGUUGAUGGACACUAUUACAAGUCUGGCCAGUCUGUGAUCCUGAGCAACUGUUCUGAGACCUGCAGCUGUGCCGCAGGAGUGUUCACCUGCAAGAACUCACAGUGCAAAGAGGGUCAGAAAUGUGGGAUGAAGAAUGGAGUCAUGGACUGCUACAGCAUAGACCCCUGUGAGGACACUGAGUGCCGUGAGAAAGAAAACUGUGUGGUGAUGAACAAUAAGGCAGUAUGUGUGGCCCAGUCCAAGGCCUACUGCUGGUUGUUCGGUGACCCUCACUAUAGCACGUUCGAUGGCCAGCCCUUCUCCUUCAUGGGUACCUGCUCCUACAUUCUGGUGAAUACGACGGGCAAAGAUCCCUCCCUGCCUCAGUUCAGCAUCCAGACUAAGAACGAGCCGCGAGUCAACUCCAAAGGCUCCUUCCUCAAAUCAGCCAACAUAGACCUGAGUGGUCACAGGAUCACCAUUCUCAGUGGCCAAAGAGGGACAGUGGAGAUUGAUGGCAUUAGGUCUGACCUCCCUGUGAGUUUGGAAUCUGGCAACAUCAGAAUCACGGAGUCUGGUAUCCAAGGGACCAUCCAGACAGAUGUUGGCCUGAAGAUCACUUUUGACUGGACCGCCUUCUUCAUGGUGACCAUCAGCAGCAGUUACUACGACAACCUCGGUGGCAUUUGUGGCAACUACAAUGGUAACAAAACAGACGACUUCACCACUCCCACAGGUGUGCUUUCAGCAAAUACCACGGCGUGGGUGGCAUCCUGGAGUGUUGCCGACGGUGAUCCAUUCUGCCGGCAUGUCUGUAAUGGCAACUGCCCCACGUGCUCAGAAACAGACCGGGCACUUUAUACUGGACCAAAGUACUGUGGUUUGAUGACAGACGGAGGGGGCCCAUUUCACCAGUGUCAUAAGAAAGUGCCGGUGAAGGAGUUUGCCUCAGACUGCCUCUAUGAUGUGUGUCUGAAUGAGGGUCGACAGGAAGUGUUGUGUGAGACCUUAGCUAACUACGUGGCCAAAUGUCAGCAGGCUGGGGCUGUUGUCUCACCACUGUGGAGAAAGGCCUCCAAUUGCCCCCUGGCUUGCCCAUACCACAGCCACUAUGAGCUAUGUGGCACUGCCUGCCCUGCUUCCUGUGCCAUUCCCAAUGUCCCCGAGAUCUGUUCCAAAGUCUGUGUGGAAGGCUGCCAGUGCGACGUGGGUUACGUGCUCAGUGGUGAACACUGUGUCAGCAAGGAGACAGGGUGUGGCUGUACACACAAUGACCAUUACUACCUGCCUGAAGAAACCUUUUGGGAGGGCAACACAUGUCAGAGUAAGUGUGUGUGCGACGGAGCCACACAGAAGUUGGUGUGUAUGCCUAGGAAGUGCAAGGCUAGUGAGCACUGUGAAGUGGUCAACGGGGUUCAGGACUGCUACCCUUUCAGCUUCAAGACCUGCUCAGCACAGGGGGACCCCCACUUCCGCACCUUUGAUGGGAAGCGCUUCGACUUCCAGGGAAACUGUAUCUACAAGCUGGCGGGGGUCUGCUCCAAAGAUCCCGAUCUGGAGAGCUUUGAGGUGACUCUGGAGAACAACAACAGGGGCAGCACCAGAGUCUCCUACGCCAAGGUGGUGACUGUCAUUGUGUUGGGAAGUAGUUACACCGUCACAAGUGAUUAUCACGGCAAAGUUCUGGUGAACGAUGUCCUGACAUCUCUGCCAUACUACUCCAACAACACUGAGGUUCAGAUCUACAGAAACAGACGUUUUGCUGUACUGGAGACCUAUUUCGGUCUCAAGGUCUCCUUCGACUGGUCCAGCGAGGUGAGGGUGAAGGUCCCGAGCACCUACCACAACGCCAUCUGUGGUCUCUGUGGCAACCUCAAUGACGACCCUGAUGACGACCUGCUUCUGCCCAACGGGAAAAAGCCCAUGAGUCCCAAGGAGUUUGGAAACAGUUACUGGGUAGCUGACGUACCGGGCUGCUCCCACGAGUGCAAAGAUUGUGCUGUUGUAGACAUCCCCCUUAUAAAGCCCAAAUAUGUCAGCGCCUGUGAUGUCAUUGUGGAUAAGAGUGGUCCCCUCAGAGACUGCAUUGGUAGAGUGGACUCUGAUGAGUACAAAGAAGACUGCAUCUAUGACAUGAUCCUCAACAAUGGCCUACUGACGGCAGCCUGUGACAUCAUCACCAACUAUGUAGAAGAGUGUCAGGAGAAGGGAGGGAAAAUUGAGGUCUGGAGGAGUAAAGACUUCUGCCACCUCCCCUGUCCAGAGAACAGUGUCUACAGCCUCUUGGCCUCCGGGUGCCCGGCCACAUGCUAUUCCAUGUCCUCUGCCCCAGGAUGCACCACUCCUCCAGGGGAGGGCUGUCAAUGCAAACCUGGUUUCCUGCUGAGCGAUGACAAGUGUGUCCACGUGAAGAACUGUGGCUGUCACCACAAGGGUCGCUACUUUGUGUCCGGCGAGGUCUUCUAUAAGGAGAACUGCCACCACCGCUGCAGCUGUAACUCCGGCGAGAUGGCCUGUGAGGUGGCGCCCUGCGGUCCGAAGACCACGUGUGCGGUGGUGAAGGGGGUCAGGGGCUGUUACAUUAUCAACAGCAAAGAUUCAAACAACCAGUCAUGGAUUGAAAAACUCCUUAACAAAUAUGUAAAACCUGUACAUAUCAAGGUUGGAGGCUAGAACAUUUUAAUUUUUAAAUAAGAUCUCAUGGAUCUAAAAUAUCCUUUAAAAACUUCCCUUUCAUGUCCAGGUUGUAGGCUAAAGCAUUUCAACAUAAAAUAGUAAAAUUACCUUCAAAUUACCUUCUGUAUGUGAUAACAUAUUCUGAACUAUAUAAUGUUGUGAGGGAUUAUGAGUACUCAUGCAUGGAAUUGUUAUUUAGCUCUGUAUUUGUUAUAAUCCAAAUAUAAUCCCAUAAUUGUGAUCAGAUUAUCUCUGUAUGCAUGUAUCUCUGUCUAUCCUUUAGCCAAUGAUAAUAACUGACAAUCAAUAGCUUUAUAGUUUUAUCCAUCUCCAUAGUUCUCACCACUGUAUCACUGCCCAGCCAACAGUUCCAUUCCCCCGAGAUUAGGGAAACCUUGAGAAGUACUCCCUAUGCUAUCAUAGGUUCCUCAGAAGCCUAGCCAGCUCGGCCCAAACACAGUUUAACACAGUUUUUUUUCAUUGGCACACACACACAAGUUCAAAUCCUAAACUACGCCUUGCUCAGACAGUCUGUGUUUUUCCACUAUACAGAUACAUUGUUUAACCCAAUUCUGACUAAAACUACACACAUCAUCAGAUUAUAAUUUUAUGAUUCUAAUCAAUUUCAUACAGUUAUAAGGUUUCAGAGUGGAAUCAUUUUUUCAUUAUCUUUCAACAUAUACAUUAUUGUAUCACCUUCACAACUUUCAAAAGCCUAAUAAUAAACAUAUAGCAGCAAAAUGAGUCCGUGUCAUCUGUUUAUCCAGCAUUUAGUAGUAAUGGUGGAAUUACCACAGUUUUGGUUUAAUCAGAUAACUCAAAACCUCUCAAUUCAUUCAAACAAAACUGUUGAGUAUAUUAAUCUUGUAUAUGCCAUGCCAUAUUAUAUACUGCUUCUGCCCACUGGGCACAGUUGUCAGUUCAAUGUCUA